AUGGUAGCCAACAAGUUCAAUCGUGUGCUCGCCCAUCCCAUCCGCAGCUGGGCGGGCCGGCUUCAUACGGCUUUCACCUCGAAGGAGGAGUUCCUCAAGUACGUGCACACCGAGGGGAACGCGCACGCUGUCCAUUCGUGGACAAACGAGGAUCUCAAGCCGUCCCCGCCGCACAUGGUUAACUGGCAUUGGUGGAACUUUUGCAUCUUCUGGUUUGGCAUGGGCUUCGGGAACUGGACGCUCGGGUCGAGCAUCGUCGGCGUGGGCCUGUCGUGGUGGCAGGCGACGAUAGUCGUCUGGAUCGCCGCGUUUGUGUCUGGCGCGUGCAUGGCACUCAACUCCCGCGCGGCCGCGAGCUUCCACGUUGGAUAUCCCGUCCUCCUUCGCACCUGCUUCGGGAUGUAUGGCCACUACUGGCCCGUGCUCGCGCGUGGCGUUUGCGCGAUGCUUUGGGUUUCUGUGCUCAACUACCAGGGUGGCGCGUUCAUCUCGACGAUGCUCCACUGCAUUGUCGGGAACCGGUGGAAUAAUCUCGGCGUGCAGUUCCCCUCCUCGGUAGGGACGACAAUUCAGCGCUUCCUCGGGUUCCUCAUCUUCUGGGCUAUUGAAUUGCCGUUCUGCUCUCUGCGCCCAUACCGCCUCAAGUGGCUAUAUGCCUUCAAGGCGUGGACGCUCCCGCCUUCCGUUUUCGCCCUUCUCAUUUACUGCCUCGUGCAGAGCAAGGGCAAGCUCGCGUCCACCACUGCGCUGGCUGGUACGGCGGCGCUUCCCAAGGGCUCGACGCUUGCGUGGUUGUUUGUGAACUCGGUGAACUCGGCUAUGGGCAACUGGUCGACGUUCAUCGCGAACAUGCCCGACUUCUCGCGAUACGCAACGAACCCCAGGGCGACGAUGUGGACGCACAUCCUCUUUGUUCCCUUCCCCGCUGCACUCGGUGGCAUGAUCGGUAUCUUCGGAACGUCCGCGCUGCAGAAGGCGUGGGGCGUGACGCUCUGGAACCAGUGGGACGUCUUCGACGCGAUGCUCGAGCAUUCGUGGAAUGGGAAGACGCGCUUCGGCGUGUUCCUCCUCGCGUUCUGCGCUGCGCUGUUCAACUUUGGCGCGAUCCUCGGUGCGAACCUGCUCCCAUUUGCGAGCGACAUCACCGCGCUCGUCCCGACGUUCUUCAACCUCUCCCGCGGGAUGUGGUUCUGCUGCCUCAUCUCGCUCGCGCUUGUGCCGUGGAAAAUCCUCGCGUCUGCCAAUGGGUUCCUCGCGUUCCUCGGUGGGUACGGCAUAUUCAUGGGCCCCACCGCCGCGAUCAUGAUUACGGACUACUGGCUCGUGCGCCGCGGGAACAUCGAUAUCAAGGCCGCGUACACCUCCGCGCGCGGUGCACCGUACAUGUACUGGCACGGCGUUAACCUGAACGCGGCGUUCGCGUACUUGUGUGGGAUGACCAUACCAUUCGUCGGCUUCGUCGGCACGUUUGGUGUGAAGGUCCCGUAUGGCGCGAAGCGCUGCGAUGACUUGGGGUGGUAUAUCAGCUUUGUGGUUGCCGGCGUUGUGUACGUCGUGCUAUGUCGUCUGUGCCCGCUGAAAAAUGUGGACCCCGAUAUGCCUUGGGAGCAGCGCGCGCGGGAGUUCGCGGUAGAGCGCGAGGCCGAGGCCGAGGCGGUCGAGGGUGUGGAGGAGGACACGCGCAGUGUCAGGAAGAGCGAGGAGAAGGCGGACGUGGAGAAGGCGUCGUACGUUGUGUCGUAUGAGCUGACUACUACUGAAACUUGA